AUGAGAAAAGGGAAACCGAGGCAUGUGCCAAUGUUUCUACGAGGGGAAAAUAAAAAAAUAUUUUUUACAUUUUUUUCAUAUUUUAUGUCAAAAAAUGAGUUAGAUAUCAUCUUUCAGCAUUAUGAUAUUGGACUAAUUGUUCUCACCAAAAUUCACAACAUAAGAAAAAAAUAUGAAGAUGAAAAAAAUAGCAUGCAGAAGGAUGAAAAUAAGCUGGACGAUGAAGAUGUGGAGUCGUUUGAACAAAAAGUCAGAACCUUUUUCUUGAACUAUAAGAUGGACCCUCCACAUGGCCAAAAUGAGGACAUACAAAAAAAGAACAACAAUAGCCAUAAAAACGAUGGAAGAAAUGUCAUAAAUGAACAAACAGAUAGGGAGAACUCGAACAAAACAGACGUCUGGAGGAGUAAUUCCUUUCGAUCGAUUGCAAAGACGGAGGAUACAAAACGCGAAGGCGAUAAUAACGGACUUCAUAGUGUAGCGGAAAGAGCACCUGAAAGUUUUCACCACAGUGAUAACCACAGCCUGUUGCAGGAUGCCAGACAAAGAACCCCUGAAAAUGCAGAUAUUAAUAUAACUCCACAGAUCAAUCCCCACGAAAUAAUUUGCAACGAUGUUACCAACAGAAGUACGUUAAAAUUAGAAGGCACCAUUAACAAUCAUGAAAUGUGCAGAAGAAACAUAAAAUUAAAGCUGGAAAAAUGCCAAGGUGAAAUUGCGCCCAGUGUAAGUGAGUACCAGGAACAGGUAGAUAAUAACACCCGCACUAGCUGUCACAACACAUUGAGCUCAAAUGAUAAUCCUUCCCUUAAGAUAAAAAAUUUGAAUCAUGAGAACCAUAACCUCAUAGAAACAGAAAAAAGAAAUGCACAGGAAAUAGCAAAUCUUAUCAAAAUAGAAGCAAGUGGUGAAGAGAAAGAUAAGGUCCAAAUGAGGACAGGUCAAUGGGGCCAGAAUAUACAAGCGCAGCAGCGCCUACAGCAGGAUAAGCAAACACAAGAAUCUAAAAACGCAGAGAGGAAAAAGGAGAGUACAGGGGGAAAACAACGUGUGUCGGUGGAAGUGAAAAGGGAAAUUGUGCGAAAUGAAGCAGACGUGGGUGAAGACUCAAAUGGUGAACAAUUAAAUGGUGCGAGCAAGCAUCAUAAGGGCGAGAAGAUAAAACCCAGAGGAGAGCCAGAUGAUACAAUUUUCCCCGCAAGAAAGAAAAACGAAACUUACAAAAAAUUCAGCAAAAGGAUCAACAGAAAAAAAAUAAACGAGUUUGUAGACUACCCAGACGAACAUUGCUUUUACAUCACGGAUCUGUGCAAAAAAGGAACCAUGCUAUCGCUCAAGAGGAACCAAUUAACAAACCAACAUAGAGAUAAAUAUAAAUUUUCCUUUUACCCAAAAUUUACAAACCCUCUAGGAACAAACCAAUACCUCCCAUUAAGUAGGCAAGUACCGCCUUUAAACAAUAUGCGCAUGAAACUGAACUUAUUUAAGCAGCUAAAUCAGAAAACAUUUACCCCUGGCACCCUUAAUGAAUUAGGUCACCCACAGAAUAGUAAUGAAAAAAGAUUAUCUAAUGCAUGUGCCUCAUUUAACGAGUACUACAUUUUACACAGCUGUUACACAGAAGAUGAAAAUCACUUGUCUAACCACACCUAUACCCUCGAUAAUGUCGAAAGUGUAAUUUAUAAUACAUGUGACUGUACAUCCUUCAUGAAUUUACAAAAUGUUGUUUGCGACUUGAACGGGGUGGAUAUCCCACUUGAAGGCAGAAAUGCAGGCAACCAAAGCGAGACACGUGUCCUCAGCUUUAACAGCAUGCAGGGGGAUAACGAGAAAGGAGUUGUCGCACAGAAGGGCGAAGCAUGCAAAGGGGACAUCGCCGCAACGAAUGGCAGAGGUGACCAUAGCGCUACCACCAAAAGCAGAAGCGAUUCAUGUGAAAUAUUAAAAAAAGACCAACACGAUUUCCAGAAUAAAAAAGCACGGCAGGGUGGGGAAAAUAUUGCUAAAGGGAAAUUCAGUGAUGGGCAGAAACACGGUGAAGAAACAGAACAACAGAUCAACCCAGUGAACCAUUUAACCGAUCUCGUAAAACGCGAACCGACACUUCCCACGAACGAUCAUCACCACGAAAUGCAUAUUGAGGGAGAUUGUAUUUUAUGCUCAAUUGAUCCCAAUGGUGUGGCAACCCCUGAACAAAGGAAUGAACAAUUGUUGACUAUGAACGCCCACUUGGAAGACAACAUCGCCUCCAGUAACAGCCAUCCAAAUAGUACUUACCCGCCAUAUUCACCAUUCCCUUUCAACUCAAAUUUUCAAGGAAACCCAAUGAUAAACAACCACCUUAGCAGCAAUAACGUAGAGAAUUAUUUCACCAACGCGGAUUCCACAAAUUAUAGGAUUAUAAAUAUGAGCUUCAACCCAAAUAGCAGCAUAGCAACAAAUGUGUACAACAACCCUGUGACGAACCUCCCCAACAAUAGUAUGUACCCCAUGAAUAGUAACAUUUAUAUCCUUAACAGUAAAAGCAUAAAUAUAUUGUCCGAUGGGAACAUCCUUACAGAUAAUCCCCUUCCAAAUUGCAAUUUAAAUGAUAACUGCUUCAAAAAUGACUUACCUCAUGCAAGAAAAAGUUUUUCUCAUAAUAAUUAUUACCACCAUUUAAAUCCAUACUACAUGUUCAAGUAUAAUAAUGAUCCGGCCAUGACCAACCACAAUUAUCACACCAAUGGUUACGCCAGAAUGAACAACCGAAGCAGCACUUACACUACAGGAGGAAUAGACAACAGAAUUCAUAUCUUCGCAGAUAGGCAGUACAUAAACAUGUUUCCAAAAAAUUGCACCAAAAGGAGUUCCAGUGAUAGAAAUCCUUCCAACCAAGGCACUUCAUCGCAGAUAUGUAACCACAACCUCACUCCCUACAUGUGUAACCAGAACGAACAUUUAAACCAUCAAACAAACAGUACGAAUAGUCUCUUCCAUACGAAUCAGUACUCUGAAAAUCAUAUUGGAAGCACUCUACAUAGAGACAAAGAGGAAGGCAAUUCUCAAAAUGUAUCAGCAGCAAACCCUAACGAACUACUCAACAUGUCUUACAAGGAUAACGUGAAUCUAUGGGGCACAUCAAUACCUGGGGAAUCUUUCCACAACACCAGACCAAUCAAUGUGGAAAACCAACCUACCCCUUUUGACAACAUUUUAAUUGACGUCCAAAAUACACAUGAACAACAUGUAAAAAAAAUGCAAUCCCUGCUAACCGAUUCUUCAAGUGGACAAAUUUGCUCAUUUAAAGAUGAAUUAUCCGUUGGAAAUGAAAACGGCGAUAGAGUCCCGGAAGCAGAAAAAUCGAGCUCAGAAAACCACGUCAAAGGUAAGAAUAUGAUUACGCAUGGGGAAAGUCACAAUAAUAACGAGGAAGCAACGCAGGUGGACCCAAACAACCACCCGCUUCACACAGAAACAAAUUACCCACAUAUUCGCAUCGCCAAUAGCGAAGAAGCGCAUCAAAGCGAAGUCUCACAUUAUGCAUGGUCAAAUAAAUCUCACGUGGGAGAAAACAAAGAGUUAGGAAUUGCGGGGGAUGUAAUAUGUGUAGCAAACGUCCGAGCAGAUUUUCCACACGACAAUGAAACAUUGAGAAGGUAUAGGAACACGCCAAAAUGGGAAAAGCAUGAACAGGCGGAUUUGAACUGGAUGACCAUGGGCAAAGUAAGUAGACAGGGAAUCGACUUAGAUGACAUUCCGAACCACGUCUUUCGCCCUGAUUCUCAACAGCAAACGCAACAACGGUACCUGCCCCACGCGGAAGACCCCCACUUUUCGGAAAACGCGCAACACAAACAUGUCAACGAGAAGAGCAGCAUCUUCCCGUCUGCGUUGAACCAGGGGAACAGCCCCAAGUCGCAAAGCCCCAUUAGUCCCCUCUACACGUAUGAGCAAAACGACGCAGGGAAUGGAACGAAAACACACAGCAGCAACAGUGAAGUAAUUAUGUACCCCUCACAGUACUAUGUGAAUUACUUCCCCGAUCCCAUAAAGAGCGAACCUCGUUUUGAUGUCCCAAAUGUGUAUAAUCAAAUGAGUGAAGAAAAUAAUGGUGCUCCAAAUUACCAUGUUGAGAAAAAUAAUUACCCAUCGCAUAUUAACAAGACGGACGAAGUUGUCCUUCUAAGCACACCAGAAGGUAAAUUUGCUUACACGAAUGAACCCGCACCAUGGCUACAACUACACAAAAAGGACGAACCAAAUGAUGCCCAUUUCUUCAACAGCAAUGAACAAAGAAACGACACCAACUAUGCCCUAAAUCAUGUAAAUUAUUUCCCAUGGCAAAAUGAGUACUACAAUAAAGAAGACAAAAACAAUAGGGUUAAUGAAAUUAACAAAAUGCUCGUUAGGAAUAGUGAAAAUUACGUUUUAACGAAGCAAGAAAAUUAUAGGAAUGCCACACAUAACACUGUACACUUCGAACCACAGGGUAUGAAUAAUGGUACACCUUCGAUGGAGAAUUAUGAACUAGUGGACUGUAUGAUGGAUAGAAAUGUAAAUAUGGACAUCAUAAGGAACCAGCUCAACAACAAUGGGCGCAGUACUCCUAACGGGAAGCUCGGAAAAAGCGUGGCCAUGAAUGCGAUAAAUAGAACAAACGAGAUGAACGAUGUAAACACGAUUAACAGAAUAAACGAGAUCAACGCUUUAAACGCGAUUAACACCAUGAACACCGUCAAUACCAUCAAAAAUGUAAACAACAUGAACAUCUACACAAACAGCCUUAUAGACAAAAGAAUAAACCAAAAUGAAUUCCCACCUGAACACUUCCACUACCCACAAAGCCACAACCUAAUUGUGGACAACUACUUUGUGGACUCCCAUUUCAACACGCCACAACACUUGCACUAUUACACAGAGGAUCAAGUGAUGCCCACAAACCCUCCACACAUGAAUGCUCAUUAUACGCAAAAUAAAUUCUGCUCCUUGCAGAAUAAUGAUCAUUUUGAACCUAGCAACAUGGAAACAGUGCAGCAUACUCAACACGAUAAUUACCACAAUAUGAUUAACACCAAUGGAGAAAAUAUAAGAAUGGUUGAUCCAUAUCGCGUGAUGGAAACCAAAAAUGAUGUUCAUCACACUUAUAUGCCCUACCAUUUUAACUACUACAAUGAAGGGCUUAACACAAAUUCCUCCUGCUAUGGUGGCAAUGUAGACAACAUGAACACAUUUAAUGAUGAUGAGAUAAACGUUUCAUACAACCACUCUUACUUAACUCAGCAAAAUAUGCAUAAUCAUUACGACAAUGCAAAUGAACGAAACUUGUAUGAGCAGGGCGUACUUAACCAAUUUAAAAAUACCCAUCGGGAAAACCCCUGCCCGUUUUACAACCCAUUAAGUACAUAUGCAGAAGGCAGCGUCACCAAACACGGGCUCGCCUUCAGACACAUAAACCAGAGCGACAACAUGCAUUCGCACAGGGGAAAUGCGCAGAAUGUUGGGCAAAUCCACGACAACCCUAGCCGCAACCGGGACGGCUUUGAUCAGAACAGUGAAGCGAAAACUGAUGGAACAAAUAACAACGCUAGUGCGGGAAGUAGUAUUCGAAAUGAAAACAAUAUCACCAACAGCAACAAUAAUGAAGGCGACACGAGCAUCCGAACACACACCUUUUUCAACCACGCAACGAACAACCUAUAUAGCCAAGCCAACAUGGACACCACACAAAACCAUAGUGAAAAUGACACAGCAUAUUCACACACGCCAGGAAGUGACAACAUUAAUAAAAUAAAUGAAAAAUAUCACUCAUCACAGAUAGAAACAAAUAACAACCUAUACGGUAGCAUCGAAAGCGACGUUACUAAAAGCAAUUCUCUGUCCAACUUCUUGCAGAGCGAACAUAAUGAUCAUUACGAAAUGAUUAGCAGUUUAACACCUAGAGAAUCACCCAACUGGUAUAUUAAUGCUACCAAUAACAAAAGACAUAUGACCAAUUUCAAUUCGAAUGCCACCGCUGAAAUGGUGAGUUUUAACAACACCGCAGAUGUGUACAAUGUGCAAACGACAGACGACAUAACAAAUGUGUUCUCCAAUAACUUAGAACAAAUAAAUUGGGACCACUUCUUACAUCGCACGAAUCAUACGCACCAUGAUACAACCGUGUGCAAUUUUCAUCACAAUGGCAGUGGACAAGACAGUGAGGUAAGUACAAUUCAUAUACAGAAUCUACCAACUUAUAACAAUUUGGCUAGCUUGAAUGACAUCCUCCCAAACAGUCUCACUAGCGGGAUGACUAACCAAACGAACAGCAGCAGUUGUUGCACAAAUGGCGUCACCAACUACAACCAGUGUAGUACUUGUAAAAGCAUACCAGUAACCAAUUUAACCUUAGGAAAAAUGAAAAAUGCAAGUAUAGGAAAAGACAGCUGCCCCAGUGAUGUACUCAUUUUUAGUAACCGCACACAUGCCCACACGAGUGAUGAUAACGGGACGGACAAACGGUUAAACCAGUUGUGCGGCGACCCAACAAGUGAAAAUAGCCUUGCUAUGGUAAAACAGGAAAAUGAGUUUUCCACGGAUAGAGAUACAAAUGGAGAUGAACAAAAGGACGCAGACCCGUACGGUCCACAAAAUAACCAACUCCAACAAAUAUUAAGCCAUUUGAACCCAUAUAAUGAAAGCUAUAACGUUAUGCAGCCCAUAAAUUAUGGCCCUCAUUUCCUUAAUGAACAAAAUUAUCAUCCAUAUGUUCCUCCCCACAAUUUUAACCUAAUGAACGGCCAUGAUGAAAACAGCGACGCGAGUUCUAAGAACACAUUUUUCUGCAUAAACAAAGGACCCAUGUCCGAACAAACCAACAGUACCAUUACGUACGACAUGACUAACGAAGUGAACCCCUUCCUAAGCAAUACAAAGAAGAGUGAUUACAACACCAACUUUUAUAAUAUACAUAAUGGGGUGGAAGUAAAAAAAGAAAUAUUCUCAAACGAUUUAGAAGACACCACAACUGUUGAUAGUUAUCACAAUGGGUACCAUCUAACAUGUGACCCAAAUGGGGAUAAACGAAACACCCCAAUGAAUCACAACAAUCACAUAGGUUCUCCUAAUCUUCGUAUGCUCAACUCGUGCCAGAACACGUACAAUGACACAUCAAAUGAACUCCUAAAUUACAAACAUCAACUGUGCAAUAAUAUAAACGACGUAAAUGCACUGGGCAAUAAUUUGAUGAAUGCCAUUGGGUUAAGCAAGACGUGCACACUCACAGACAAUCUAUACGGUAUGCCAAAUUUGAGACAGCAGAAGGGGGAAAGUGGAACACCAUCAAGUUAUCCAAUCAACGAAGAGUCCAACAACACAGAGGGAAAUAACCCGAUUGCCACAACAUGUAUGAACGAUAUAAACAAAUGGAUCACUCCGAAGGAAGAGAGGAUGGAACAUGUAAAUUCCUUGCUGCCCUGCACAAGUAGGAAUAACAACCCAAACGACACCAACAAAUUAAGCUCCUUUUUUGGUAACACCGUUGUAAGUAGAAACUGCCUGCAUAAUAAGAACCAAUUUUUGCAGCAGCAAAGUGCCUUGUACAACAUUUUAGGAAAUGGAGGUAGUGUCCUCGGCAAAGAAAUUGUUGACUACGAUCAGAUGAAUUUCAACUGCAUGAGAAAUAAUAAUUAUAAUACCUACAUGUAUUUGUUUUAUUUAUAUAAACAAAUGGAGGGCAGAAAUCACAUAGACAGUAAACAUGCAGCAGAGGGGGAAAAUGAUGCCAGUGGAAGCAUCCAUAUCCGUAAGAACUUAAUGAAUAUGGACAAAAUGCCCACCCCCUUGUGUAAUAGUAGCAUCCCCAAUGGCACGAACGCGAAAUGCGAAAAGUACGCUAAUGAUGGGCCCCAAAACAGCCAGAGAACUGGAACACAACAAAAUGCAAACCAAGACAGCAUAACCCAUUACACAGAAACACAAAACACAAUUAACAACAGACCUUUGGAUGCAGACUCAGGCAGAAAUGUGAGCAUCGAAAUGGACAGCUACAUUGGAAAUUAUCAAAACCAACUAAACAGCAUUAACAACGUUAGGGAUAACUUACUCAAUGCUAAUGUAUAUGACGUAGGCGUUCUCAAUAAAAAUUAUCCACCAAAUUAUCCUUUGCAUAUAUUAAACUGCAACACGGUAAGUAGCAACAUGGUAAGCAGCAACACGCUUAGUAACAAUUCGCUUUGCCUAAAUGUAUUAGACAGUGUACACCCGGUCCAGUAUACUAAUUAUAGUACGCAACAUUUGACUCAAAAGAAUAAGCUCCCAAUAAAUGAUGAGCGUAAAGACCACAUAGGCAGUAAUAUUAACCUCUCUUCUAACCAACUGAAGAACCUCCUCCACAGAGACCAUAGAACACAAAACAGUGCGAACCCACUCCACAUUCCUCUGAUAAAUUAUUACAAUAUGCAAUUGUUACUCAACUACGUGAGGGAAAAACAGAUGUACAAUUCGAUGAACCAAGACACUGCACAGGGUGCCACUGAUAUGAGCGUCAAAAAGUGCGAUGGAGGUCAUGUGACUACCAAAAUGAACGGGAUCGCGAACAGCAAUGGAAACGACUACGACAGUAAGAACAGCGGUGAUAGCAAAAGCACCCCCAAGGAAGGUGCAAAAGUUGGUGGGAAAACGAAUGCCAAAGGGGGGAACACCAAAAAUUUGAGGAAGCACAGCUAUUCUAUAUCCUCUGUGGGGUUCAGCAACAGAAGUAAGAGAUGGACCAUUUGCCCCUCUUACGUUUGCUGCAACAGCGCCCUAUGCAGAUUCAAACUAACGUGCAAUUUCAAAUUUUUGCAAUUCAACCAGGAUUAUAAUACGUUUAACACCCCAUGCGCUGUAUAUAACUGCUACAAAAAUAUUAUGAACAAACAUAAUUACUUUACCUCCACAUUGUGUCCACAACAAACUUACCUGUCCAAACACUCAGCACAGGAGCACGAAACGAUUUUCAACGUGUACUGGCACCUACUCAACAAAGAAAAGUAUCAAUACAUACAAAACAUUAUCCUGUUCCUGGACAGCAAUUUAUACACCAGAGCCGUAUGGUUACUAAAAAAAGGCUACAGUAUGGAUGACUUCCAAGUCCAAAAGGCGGAAAGAAAAUUGAUAAAAUUGAUGCUCCUAGUUUUUAAAUUUACCCAUGAUUAUAAAAAUGACAGUGAUAAAUAUGAGCAUAUAAAAUCCUUCCUGUAUUCUCUGAAGAGUAGCCACAUCAAUUUUGAGCUCAUGAAUCGCUUCCUCUUCUAUUGA